AGGUGAGUAUAACUUUAUAUAAACAAGACAGAGCACUAGAUGAGCUGAGAUGAUACAAUAUAAAAUAACAUCCAGAUUAAAUACAUUCAUGCUUCAUAGAGAAACAACAAAUGUAUUUUCUAUUUUUCCAUUGUGUACUUUUUUUGCAGUAAUUACAAUUGCAGCAAAGUAAUCUGAUGUAAACACUAUCAUGGCUGGAUUACCAAAGUGUAAAAACGACCCUGGGUCCCCAGAUGAUUCAUUAAUUGCAAAUUUGUUAGAAAUGUCACAAAUUUACUCCACUAAAGUACAAUAUCAACUAAAGUGCGUACAGCAUUAACUGGUGUUGUGGCCAAAAUCUAGUUUUAAAAUAAGACUUUAUUGAUCCCUGAGGGGAAAUUCACAAGACCUCACUUAUUUUAGUCUCUGCUCAUAUGAUCCAUAUUCCUAAAGUUAAAUCAAAUUACCGAACCACACAGAAAACCUGAUUCCAAUACAUUUUAAUCCAGCAUCAAGGUCUCUAAGCAAUAAUAAAGCUGUUUUAAUAGUGUUGUCUGUUUGUUGACGUUAACUUGGAGGCACAUGAUAUACUUUAUGCAUAGAGGGUCGGAGGUGGAUGUUGGUUUGUCAAUAAUAAUAACUUAAUUACUUUAUAUGUUAGCACCUUUCAUGCAAAGAUGCAGCCCAAAGUGCUUUACAAAAAAAAUAAAGAAAAUGAAAAAUGAAAAUAACCAACAAGUAAGAAAGCUAUUUGAGGGCCCAACAAUUUUCACCCAAAGGCCCAAGUCAGGUUAAUAUGCUGUUCAUGUCAAAAGAUGAUCCAGAGGUGGCUCACAGUCUCCUGAGUUUCAAGCGCCAUCUAGUGGAUACAGUAGAAAUGAUUUAACUCCCUUUCUUUCUUCCAUCUCCCCUUUUUAUUGCCCAUGUAUCUCACAAUAAAUGCUUCUUUGUCCGUUCAUUAAACAAAAACAGGGAAGGCAUAAGUCAUAUUCAAGUUCAGAAACGUGGAGACAACUUAUUUUUCCAUAUUUUACAGCGGGAUGCGCCAUUAUAUUCUCCAAAAUUCUUGCUUGUAAACAAUAAUUAAAUCAUCUUUUAAACAGGUAAUUUAAUUUAUGAUAAUAUGCGCAUUUUGUGCUGCGCAGCUGUGUAGCGGCCAACUUAUUUUGGCUUUGACGUCAGGUAAGUGAAACACACCCCAUCCUGGUACAGAGCAGAAGUGCGUCUGGUGCGCACUCAGCGAGCUGCUCGGCCCUCCCGGACACUGCAGUGCCGGUUACCGUGCCAUCGCUGCGGCUGCUCGCUCCCGACACCACGUCCCGCUGCAGAGUUCCCGGGUUCGGGAAGAACAGGGGACAAGGAAGCGCUGAAAGCCAUGGCCGAGUCCAACCCGCUGCGGGGGUUCCCCCGUCUGCGCCGGGCCGCGACCUCAUUUCCGGGCAACCUGCAUCUGGUCUUGGUGCUCCGCCCCACCGGCUUGUUAAGCUCCACCCCCAGUCCGUCCUCAAGCACUGACCUGGGCUUUCGCUUCAGUCAGGAUGACUUCCUGUUAAAGAUGCCAGUGGUGAUGCUGCGUUCAGUGGGUGACCUGCUGCGCUACAUCGAUGAAAACCACCUGGCGUCAGAGUUCACUGGAAAAGUGCAAUACUGCCAGAGUGACUGGAUCGUCCUCCGCACGUCCAUUGAGACCUUUGCAGUGACAGUGAAGGAGAUUGCGCAGCUGCUGCAGGGCUUCGGAUCAGAGCUGUCUGAGACUGAACUUCCGGAUGAGCCCAAUGCUAUCGAGUUCCUGCUGCACUCACACACACACCGAUACCGACAGAUGAAGGACGAUAUCCGGAGUGUGCUAAAAGAAGGGCGUCUGCUGCUGUCCAACCUAGAGACUGUCAAGGCCUCUAAGAGAGACACAGAGGAGGAGAGAGACAUACAAGCAGACAUGGACACCGUUCAGAGGCUCCUGGCUCAGCUCCGAGACAUGGAGGAGGCGUUUGAUGGCUUCUUUGAGAAACACCACCUGAAGCUGCAGCAAUAUCUCCAGCUGCUGCACUAUGAAAUGAGUUUCCAGCAGAUGGAGGAGAAGCUGGAGAGGCUCACAGCUCAGGAAAAGGAGAUUGCCUCUGUGGGAACAACAGUGGUUCAAACUGAACAAUUACUGAAAGACCUGGAGAUGCUGGACAAACAUGCUCAGGAGGAGAUGGCUCGUGCCCAGGUGGUGAUUCUGCAUGGUCAUCAGUUGGCUGCCAACCACCACUAUGCCCUGGCACUCAUCGUGCAACGCUGCAACGAGCUGCGACAUCUCUGUGAUGUCAUCACUACUGCCAUACGCACCAAGCGGGCCUCGCUCAUUCGAGCGCGAGACCUGCUGCUCCGCCUUGAAGAGUCUUCCAUGCAAGUUUCAACACAAACCACAAUUACUGCCCUGCGGUGGUGUGACGAAGGCGCCUAUCUGCUGGCAAGUCAGAUGGUGGACAAGUUCCAAACCAGAGAGGGAGCUCAGGACGCAUUGCAGUACCUUAGCAGUCACCAGGAGAGGGCGCCAUCUGCUCUGAAAAGCCACCAGGACAUUCUGAGCCUGGAGUUUGAAGCCAUACUCACCCCACAGCUGCAGUCACAAAUUGGCAUGGUAACGGAGAAGCUCCACUCAGUGCAGUCCAUGAUGAGAAACAGAGAGCAGUGUCUGAGGAAGCUGGCGGAUUUGCAGGUCAGACCCAUCCAGCUGGUGGCCCCCCGACCCGAACCUGACCAGACCUUGCAGCGAUGCAAGUCACCCCUGUUCUCCCCCAAACACGGUGUAGACUUUAAUGUACUAAACUCCAAGUUCUCCUUCGACCUGCUUCCUGGCAAAAGAGCCUCGAGGAGGAACAACAGCCAACGCAAGAUCGAGGUGAUGCACGAUUACCAAGGCAACCGCAGCUGUCUGUACGGUCCCGCCCCCGAAACUGAUUCUGAGGCAGAAGACAAUCCAGAGCAGGUCACACGCCAUAUUAUGAAGGAACUGAUAGCUACAGAGAGGAUCUAUGUGGACGAGCUGCUCUCUGUCCUUCUGGGCUAUAGGGCAGAAAUGGAGGACCCAUCCAUGUCUAAUCUCCUUCCCCCAGCUCUACGCAGCCAGAAGGACAUUCUGUUCGGCAACAUGCCCGAGAUUUACCAGUUCCACAGCAGGAUCUUCCUCCAAGAUCUGCAGAGUUGCCUGGAGACACCAGAGAGGGUGGGGGCAUGCUUCCUGCAACGGAAGGGGAAGUUCAAGGUGUACGAGCGUUACUGCCAAAACAAGCCUCGCUCUGAGUUGCUAUGGAGACAGUGCUCUGAUUCACCCUUCUUUCAGGAGUGCCAGAGGAAGCUGGACCACAAGCUGGGUCUGGACUCUUACCUCCUGAAACCAGUCCAACGCCUCACUAAGUACCAGCUGCUGCUCAAGGAGCUGCUGAAGCACUGUACGGAAGAGCGAUACCGCUGUGAACUGCAGGAGGCUCUGGACUCCAUGCUGGAGCUGCUGAAGUCUGUCAAUGACUCCAUGCAUCAGAUAGCCAUCACUGGAUAUCAGGGUGAUCUCGGCCAGCUGGGCCGUGUGGUGAUGCAGGGCAACUUCAGUGUGUGGAUCAGCCAUAAGAGUGCAGCGGUGCGAAUGAAGGAGCUGGCCAGGUUCAAACCCAUGCAGAGACAUCUCUUCCUCUAUGAGCGCGCCCUGCUCUUCUGCAAGCGCAGAGAUGAGGACAAUCACGACAGGACGCCCUUCUACAGCUUCAAAUCCUGCCUCAGAAUGAGCGCAGUGGGAAUCACAGAAAAUGUGAAAGGAGAUGUGAAGAAAUUUGAAAUCUGGUACAGUGGCAGGGAAGUGGUGUACAUAGUUCAGGCUCCCACAGUAGAGGUGAAAGUUACAUGGCUGACGGAGAUUCGUAAAAUUCUCACCAACCAGCAGAAACUGCGUCAAGAUGAGGCUCCUUCUCUUCAACUUUCAGACAACCCCCUCUCUGAAAGUGCAUCAGAGGUGUGUGUGUCGUGGGGCGGAGCAUCGGUGGGAGGCUGCUCAGCGUGUCUCCCUGUUCCUCACAGCUCCUCGACGACAAGCCACUCCCACAGGUUCCGGGGGGAGGAGUCAAUACACACUAGUCCCGCCCACUCAGAUCCCGUGGUUCACUCACCUCGACGCAGUUGGCCUGUCCCUGCCCACUCAGUGGCGAUCUGUGAGGGCCUGGAGGACUGGGGCGCGACAGACCUGUCCAACUUAUCAGACUCAGACGAGGAGGAUCAGCCUUCCCCCCUGGUGGCGGGUAGGUAUAGGGUCAUGGUUGAAAGCAGCAUGGCCAGCACUGAUGACAUCAUCUUUAACUGUGGCGAUGUCAUUCAGCUGCUGCAUGAGGAUUCAUCAGGAAUGUGGAUGGUGAGGAAUAUAAGUCGUGGUGAAGAAGGGCGUGUUCUACCUGAGGACCUGCACAGGAUUCUGGGAGAGAUCUGCUGAGAGCCAAUCAGAACAGAGGAUAGAUGAUGCAGUGUUCGUGAUGGGGCAUCUGACUCUGCUGAGACAUUCAUCAAUCAGAGUAAAGCACAACAUCAACAGCAUACCUUACUCUUCAAACUAAUGAGUGACUAGACGCCUGUAAACGACAGAAUGGACCUCAGAAGACUAUAACAAUGCAAAGCACAUACGUGGGACCUCACAGUACUGGAGCCAUUCCUUCAUCUAUCUUUUCCCGGCAGUAAAACAGUAAACUGGAGGGUUAUAACUGAAGACGUUGAUCGGAGGCUUUUAUUCAUACAUACAGAAUGGACUUUUGUUUAAGACUUCAGGUUUUAUCAUUUCUAUUUUCUUAUGAAAUAUCACAGAAAUCAUCCAUAUGCCUUCAAACAUAUCUUGACUGUCCAUGUGCCAAACAGCUCAGCUAAUCAUUGUGGCUUCUUUUUAUAUAAAACUCUCCCUUGUGGAAAAUAGCAUUUCCUACAACAGCCAGCUACAAAGCUAGAAUCAUGAGAAUGGGAUGUUAGCGAAUGUUGAAAUCGCAGUAUUUACUUCAUCCCUUUAGUGGCAAAAGAAAACAUUCAGCAUCUGCUCAAAAAAAGGCAAAGAGGAGACAAACUUGGAAAUAGUGUGUCAAGAUAUUACAGGUCUCGCAGGGCUCCACAUUCAUAGCAGCUAUUGUUGGUUUGUUUUGACACUCAGUGGCUACGAUGGGGGUUGUAGCUCAUAUGGAUUAGUAUAGAUCUUUUUUCAUGGCAGGCAUUUUGACAUGUGAAAGCAGGGAAAGCACGAUCAUUAAUAACAUUAAUUUGUUUUGAUUACUACAUUCCCAAGCCCUGGUAUUAUGCAUGAUGGUUCACUGGAACUGAGCCAUUGUUAAUGUUAUUAGUCCCACCUGUGCUUCUCCUGCUAUGACAAGUAAAAAUGUUUCUUGUAUCCGCUGCAGCACUGUCAGUCCUCAAGAUGAACUAUGCGGGCUGUCAUUGUAGCUAGUUGUUGUAUUUCAUUGGUUAUUGGCCUUAUUUGCAUAUAAUUAUUUACUGUCACUGCUGUUGUUGGUGGUAAUGUAUUCUUUUUGUUAACAUUUAUAUUUUAGGAUUUGUUGGUGACAUUCUGCAACUCACAUAUCAAACAAAUAUCAUCUUUGUCUACUGCAGCUGUAGUUACCACUGUGAUGACACAAGCUUUAUGUUUCUGUUUGUGUACUGCUAUGCAUGGACAAAUCACUGCACAUAGCGACUGCUUUUUUUCUGCCUGCACCGCUAUUGUACACCAGUGGGGAGAAUUAUGUUCAGUGUUGGGUAGUAACUGUAAAUAGAGUAGCGUAGAGUUAUAAUUGCCAACUGAACAUUUACAGUUACAUCCUGGAUUACUUCAUGACUUGUUGAUAUGAAAUUUGGGGGGCUGAAUUUAGGAGAAAAUAAUAUCACAGCAGAUAAAACUGCCUGUUUUUUUAACUGCCCAGUCUGAUUUUGCAUAUAUUGUAAAAAAGAAGCCUGUUAAGCAUCAGUUUAUAUAUUUCAUGUCCACACAGGUGUUUCCACUUAUUCUGGCUGACUAGACCAGCACUCAGCUUGAAUUUUGGCAGAAUUAAGAUGCAGUGACAUUACACUUCUGUCCAAUGAAAUUCCCCUGCACUGUAGGUCUGGUUCAAAGGAUAUAAUGUAACAUCUCUGAUGUGGGUAAGAAAUAAAUAUUGAUCAGAGCUAUAAAAAUUGUAUGAGAUCGUUGACCCGUUUGUGAAACACACUAGAAUGAUAGCUUCUCUAUUUCCAGACACAGUGCAGCAGUGCCUCUAUUGACCAACUGAACACAUCCGCCUGGUCAAAGUUGAACAAAGGUGAACUUUGACCUGCGAAUCUGACAGAGCACACUGCACUGAAAAGAAACACAUGCUUUGUUUCUCUGUCGUACUGACUUCAAUAAUGAAUAGUUCACAGUGAAUGAAACUGAGCAAAUAUUAGUUGAAUGAAAUAAUGUAAUGU